AUGUCACACGAUCGGAGCAGGCAACUUUCAGGGUAUACGAAGCCGUUUCGAGUCGUUGGGACCUUCGGGUACUUGGCCCCGGAGUACAUGAUGUAUGGCAAAGUUGAUGAGAAAAUAGACGUCUACUCUUAUGGGGUUGUGCUUCUGGAGUUGAUCACCGGAAAAUGGGCGAUCCAGACCAACGAAGCAUCUAAUCCGGAAAGCUUAGUACUUUGGGCAAGAUCUUUGCUCUGCUGUGGUCUGAGUGAACGACUGAUUGAUCCUUACCUGAAUGAAGACUACGACAAGGAUGAGAUGACAAGGAUGAUGGUUGUAGCACGGCUCUGCCUCUUGCAUUCAGCACUGUCUGCAGAUGCAGAGGAAGAGGAGAAGCUUCUUAAUGGGAUUAGCCCCAAAACUGAAACAGGUUUGCCAGAGGACUUGGAUUCUAAUGGAGCUCUCAGUACAGAAGACGGUUAG